AUGCUGUCCAGUGACACCUCACGGUCAAAAGCCGGUACUGUAACAGUCAAGCAGACCAGCACGGAUGGUAUAGUAGAAAAGAAAAUUAAAACUGGCGUAAACAAAAAGGCUUUUCAAGCCGAGAAAACGCCACUUAAGCCCAGCAGGCCCUCGGAUACGGCUGACAUUGAAACACAAGAGUCUUCUUACGUAGAAAAUAACUCCCUGACUGCGAGACCGCCGGAAAUGGCCACCAACAAUAUGAGUUCCGAUGCCAACGUUGUCCAGCCGGACCCUGACGUGGGUCAGAUUUUAAAUGAAAUUGCAGCUCUCAGAGCUGAGCAAGACCUCAAGCACACUGAACUCAAGAAUAAACUUGAAAGCAACCUAAUGAAAGACCAAGCAGCUUUCACCAAGCUUGAAGAAAGCCUGAGCAAUCUCAAAAAUGAAAUCUCAGGCACAAAAACUGAUCUCUUCAAGCGUAUUUCUACUGUGGAAGAAAAUACGGUAAAAAUUAACCCAAUUGAAGGUCUUAAGAAGCUAGUCUCGUCCAUGGAGAACCAACCUGCAAUCCUUACCUCAUCAGAGGGGCCUUUAAAUAAAAAGAUCAGUUUCCUAAUAAACAAAGUCGAGCAAUUGGAGAAGGAAAACAAAAAAACAAAAAUAACAAUUGCUGGACUCACACUGAGCUUCAAUAACCACUCACAAGAAGUCAAACAUUUUCUAACCUCCAACUUUAACAUCGAUUGCUCUAAUAUCAUAGUCAAAAAGCUACGCAGCUAUAUCCUAGUGGAUCUCUUGGACCCCUCUCUGAAAUCUACAAUUUUUAAAGCCAAAAAAAAUAAGCUCACAGGCACAAAAAUUUUUAUUAACCCGGACCGCACAAACAAAGAACAAUAUAUUGAUUGGCAGUGUAGACAAUUCUGUAAACAAAAUUACUCAGAAGGCAAAAAAGUCGCCAGAAAAGAUAAUAAACAAAAACUCAACCAACGUUACUAUCCAAAUGGAUUACGAGAACGUUCCGUUGAAAAACUAGAUAAUAGCUCAGCAGAACUAGUAAAGAUAACCUUCUGGAACCUUCAUGGCUACUCCAACCUUGAACUCAGUUCACUCCGCGAGUACUCAGACAUUAUAGCCGCCUGUGAAACCUGGACUACGCUGCCUCUCAAUCUCCGAUUCUUAGAAAAAUAUCACAACUUCUGGUCAGAUGCGGUUAGGGAACAUGCUGUGGGUCGCGCCAGUGAUGGACUAGUUACAGCAAUUAAUAACAGAUAUAAUGCUACAAUACUUGCAAAGUCACCGUCAUGGAUCUUCAAUAAGGUUGAAAUCGGUAACACUAUUAUUAUACUUGGAUCUGUAUAUUUUCGCAAAUGCCUUGUACUUCAUAGUCUCUUAAGCUCUCUGCAAGUACUCAUUGAUUCCAUUAAAGCAACACAUACUCAUGAUUUGUUUAUUAUAGGCGGUGACAUGAAUGCGCGAGUUGGUCUCUUAAACCCCUGGCCACCUGAGAUGUUUCUUGGACUCCAUAUACACAGUGCAAGAACAAGCCUGGAUUCUGCUGAAUGUGAUAGGGGCCACCAACUGCUUGAUUUCAUGCUGGACAAUGAUUUUGUUCUUCUUAAUGGUAGAACUAACAGUGACUCCCCAGCGCAGCCUACUUAUGAUUUUCACGGUACAUUAAUAAUAGAUUUAGUAUGGGCAAAUACCUCGUCACUCCAUUACAUUUUGGAUCUAGAAGUUAUACUCGAACCCUCACUAUCUGACCACAGACCCGUCUGUGUAUCAAUACAAGUGAGCUCUAACUCCAAGCCUGAAUCUUGCUGCACAACGCCUACAUGUAACACCACCAAAAUUAAAUGGGAUGAAAAAUUAGAAAAUGAAUUCCAGAGCCAACUGUACUCUACGCGAUUCCCGAGCAAUCAAUCAGAGGCACAACCUGACGAUCAGUACAACUGGCUACAACAGUCAAUUUUCAACGCCGCGGAAAAUACCGGGAUGGUUCAAAGGUUCAAUACCGCGGAAAAUACUCUCUCUGUGCGAAAAUCUGGCAAAUCCCCGGGACCUGACCAACGAACUUUAUAA